AUGAACCUCUCCACCAUCUACAGCCUUUUGCUAUUCGUCCUAAAAGCCUCUGCCGAUCAAGGCCAGGCCCGCAUUAUCGGGGGCUACUCUGUGUCCCAUCACUCUGUUAAAUACCAGGUGUCGCUGCAGAGACGGGGGGGCUUCCAUUACUGCGGGGGUUCCCUGAUCCGACGGAGAUGGGUUCUGACGGCCGCCCACUGCCGCAUUAGGGCUGCCCACAUGCAGAUUGUGGUGGGAGAGCACUCGCUGUUCAGACGGGAAGGCACGGAGCAGGUAUUCUAUCCCCUGAAGCUAAUAUCCCACCCGCAGUACAACCUCACAACCAAAAAUGGCGAUAUCAUGCUUAUUAAGCUGUCACGCAUGGCCUACCUGAACUACUUUGUUGGGAUCGUGGCCCUGCCUCGCAGAGCGGCGUUCCUGACCCCGGGAACGAGUUGCCGAGUGUCCGGCUGGGGAUUGACCAACUCCAAGGGCGGGCGCUUGCCGGCCCAGCUCCGAGCGGUGAGGGUGCCCAUCGUGGACACGUCCUGGUGUAAUGGCAGCCAGUCCUACAGCGGGAAACUCACCCGCAACAUGAUCUGUGCCGGCUUCUGGUCCGGGGGCAAAGAUGCUUGUCGGGGUGAUUCCGGAGGGCCGCUUAUAUGUCAAGGCCGGCUGUACGGCGUGGUAUCCUGGGGCAAUAACUGUGCAGAGAUUCACUACCCAGGAGUGUACACUGCCGUGGCGAAAUUCCGCAAGUGGAUCGAUUGGACCAUCUUUCAAUCUUAA